AUGGCGAGCAUGGCAAAAUCUAUGUACGAUAAUUUCUAUUAUUACAUUGAAAACCCAACCCUUCCAGAAACAAAAGAUUGGUUCAUGGCUGGUAACCCACUAAAACUUAUUACUUUACUAAUAUGUUAUAAUUUUUUCUGCUUAUAUCUGGGCCCCAGGUACAUGAAAAAUAGGAAACCAUACCAAUUAAAAAACGUUAUCAAAAUAUACAAUAUAUUUCAUUUCAACUUUUACUGCCAAGGUGUUGGUGAUUUAAAUUCACCGUCCACAUUAAGGAUAGCAAAAGUAAUCUGGGUUUAUUAUAUUGUAAAAAUAAUCGAUCUCAUGGACACGGUAUUUUUUGUGCUUCGAAAAUCAAACAGACAAAUUACUUCACUUCAUAUGCAUCAUCAUACACUGAUGCCGGCUGUUAGUUGGGCUGCUUUAAUAUUCAUUCCAGGGGGUCAAGGUGUAUUGGUAGGGUAUAUUAAUGCUCUGGUUCAUGCUGUUAUGUAUACAUACUAUCUUCUUGCCGGUCUAGGAGAUGAAUACAAGAAAUAUCUUUGGUGGAAAAAAUAUUUAACAAUACUACAAUUGAUACAGUUUGCAGUCAUUGUAGCUCACAGUGUGUUCAAGCCGGGAUAA